CGUUUUUUAGGAAUGUGGAGAAAGAUAGGAGCAGACAUGUCAAACAUAGUAAGUCCAUACGUUUAAACCAAGAGGUCAAGGUUAGCAUUGAUAGAUCUGUAAGCUCAAAAUGGUAGAGCUCUCGUUACGAGAGGUUGGUGGUUCGAAUCCACCCAGAUCUGUUUUCACCUUCUUUACAUUAUCUUAAUUUUGAAUUUACUUUGUGUUGAUAUAUCAGUCCUUGUUCAAUAAGAACAUUUUUUUUUUUGGCACAAGGGAAAGAGGAACUGGUCAGGGCUGAAGCAGUGAUGAUGUUUACCUAUAUGACCUGGGUUACAAGUAAACAGUAACUCUUAACCACAUACGGUCGCACAAAGAAAUAUGUCCAUCACUAUGAUUAUCUGGAUUCUGUAUACGUCUUUUGGAUUUUGAACGAUAAAGAAAAAAAGAAGAAUAAUGGUUGAGCCCUAAAGUUUAUAUAUCAUAUACAUAGGAAUGAAGUAGGAAAUGGAUAAUAGAAAUGGACCGAAUGGAUUUCCAUAGUUUCUCUUGUGAGCUCCAUGAAGUUCACUCCGAUUUACUGAGAAUUUGAUGAUGAUAUCAGUCCGAUUUUCUAGCUAGCUCAUGUUGUGUUUUCGGUAAAUGGUGUUGUCGUUGUGACUGGUGAGAUAACCAGUGAAUUAUGUUAAUUGCGCUGUGUGCUAAAUUAUAUUCUUUUGCAGAAGAGAUAUAAAAAAGCUAUAAAUUAAGAAGCGUUAAGGGUCGGAUUGAUGUGACAUAGUAUAAUUUUAUGCUACUUAAUAAGAGCAUGAUUAAUGGAGAGACCCAUUUGAGAUUCUUAGAACAUAAUUUGACAUUUUUUGGUUAAGAGACGUCAACUUUGUAUCUUGUAUUUAGAAAGAUAUUUUUUAGUUUUAGAACCUCACCGUAAGAUAUCCCAUUGAUCAUGGUUUAACUGGUCUAUUGUAAAUGCUGUUGAUUUAAUCAAAGUUCAAAACCAUAUAUAAAUAUGCUAAUUAUAAUAUUUAAACUUUAACUGCCACAUAAAUUUGUAAACGUCCUUUCCACGUUACUAGCAUUUUUUCAUUAGACCUCUUGACUCUUGAGGUGGGAAUGUAAUCGCUCGCGUCACGACCAAACCCAUUGAUCCUUCUCUCUCUCUCUCUCUCUCUCUCUCUCUCUCUCUCUCUCUCUCGAUCACUAAUACAAAGAGAUCCGUAUUAUCAGGUUAGAUCCUCUUUGCAUUUUGAUUUUAAUUUUCACUCGGUUCUUGUUUCUCCAUCGUACGUGUUAUUGAAUUGAACAAGGCUCCUACUACUCUCAAGUUUCUCUCCACUAACGAAGGUUUUGAAGCAGUCCUCUUAGAGAUUAAAAGAUUUUUAAUCAAACAUGUUUAAGGGAAGGAGUGAUCACCAGCCUGAGGAUGAUUCUCAGCAAGAUAACAAGGUUAGCAAACUGAAGUGUGCGUUAGGACCGCUCUCAGGACAUAGUUUAGUUUUCUGCUCUGAUACUUCCUUGAGGAGAUAUUUGGAUGCUCGUAGUUGGAAUGUCGAAAACGCCAAGCAAAUGAUUGAGGAGACUCUUAAAUGGAGAUCAACUUACAAGCCUCAUGAGAUCCCUUGGCAUGAAGUAGCACAUGAAGGUGAGACUGGAAAAGUUUCAAGAGCUAGUUUUCAUGAUCGUCAAGGUAGGACUGUGCUUAUAAUGAGACCAGGUUUACAGAAUACAACAUCAGCAGAAGGUAAUAUCAGGCACUUGGUGUAUCUUCUUGAAAACGCAAUCAUUAAUCUUCCCAAAGAACAAGAACAAAUGUCUUGGCUCAUAGAUUUUACUGGUUGGUCCAUGGCUAAUAAUGCCCCCAUGAAAACAACACGCGACAUUAUCUACAUUUUACAGAAUCAUUACCCUGAGAGACUCGGUAUGUCCUUUCUCUACAAUCCUCCAAGACUCUUCCAAGCAGGCUACAAGGCUGUUAAGUACUUCUUGGACCCGAGAACAGUUCAAAAGGUGAACUUCGUGUACCCAAAUGACAAAGCAAGUGAUGAACUGAUGAGAUCACAUUUUGAUAUGGAGAAUCUUCCCAAGGAGUUUGGAGGAGAAGCAACACUAGAGUCAGAGCCGUGCCAUAGACAUAGAAAAAGAGGCAACCGCCUCAGGCCCCUUCUAAAAUGCUAUUUUUGGGGCCCCCUUUCCUAUUGUUGUUCGGUGUAAUUAGUCAAAUACAAUGCAUGACUUCAUGAUUUAGCUAAAUGGUUACACUAGAUGAUAAUAAUUGGUACAAAAAAAAUCUCUUUAGGAUAAUCUAUUUUAUUUCCUAUUCUUUUAGUUAUAGAUUUAGCCAUUAUCCUAAAUUUUUAC